UUAUGGUUGACAGAGACCUUAUAAUCCGCGGGGAAUAGAAGCUCCAUCAGUGCUGUAGGUGGAUGUGUCUCAGUACAUGGUGGAGUUUAGGAAACACAGAGCAAGAUGCUUCUCUCCAACAUCAUGCACGGAUACAGAGCGACUCCAGUCUCCAACAGCACCCUGUCUUUCUGUGGUACUGAUAAUUCAUCUGCCUAUAAGGUGGAUAACGGGCUUCUGAAUAACGGCUGUUUCCUGGAUGCCCUGGGGCUUGUUCCACAUGUCUUCCUUCUCUUCAGCACUUUCCCCAUUCUCUUCAUUGGUUGGGGCAGCCAGAGCUCUAAGGUUCAUAUCCAUCACAGCACAUGGCUACACUUUCCUGGCCAUAACCUACGCUGGUUGCUCACAGCCGCUUUGUUAUUUGUGCUGGUGUGUGAGGUUGCUGAGGGGAUUGUCUCAGAUGGGUUUAACCAGUCUCACCACCUCCAUCUUUAUAUGCCGGCUGGACUGGGCAUUCUGGCAGCUAUAACCUCCAUAGUCUACUACCACAACAUAGAGACCUCCAAUUUUCCCAAACUUUUAUUAGCUCUGCUUAUCUACUGGAUUUUGGCCUUUGUCACCAAAACCAUCAAGUUCACUAAGUACGAUGAGCACGGAAUCGGCCUGGGGCAGCUGCGCUUCUGCAUCACAGGCUUGCUGGCUUUAAUCUACGGCCUGCUGCUGACUGUGGAGAUCAGCGUUAUCCUGCGCAGGCGGUACAUUUUCUUCCCAUAUCCGACUGAGGUGAAACCUCCUGAGGACCUGCAGGACCUUGGUGUGCGUUUCCUUCAGCCUUUUGUCAACCUGCUGUCCAAGAGCACGUAUUGGUGGAUGAACACAUUCAUCACAUCAGCACACAAACGUCCCAUCCACCUCAAAACCAUUGGCAAGCUGCCCAUAGCUAUGAGAGCUCUCACCAACUACCAGAAGCUACGGAAGGCCUUCAGUGCCCAGAAGGAGAGAGGCAUAAUCCAUGCACGAGGCCCACGGCCAAUUUGGUAUGCUCUGAGGCAGGCAUUUGGAGGUCCCCUGCUCCUCAGCAUCACUCAUCGUUUCCUCGCUGACCUGCUGGGCUUCGCCGGACCGCUGUGCAUCUCUGGCAUCGUCCAUCACAUCAGCCGUGAUAAUCACACCAUUAAGCCACCGGUCAAGCUGCUAGGCAUCCAGUUCAUUUCUUCUCAGGCAUUUUUAGCCAAUGCCUAUGUGUUGGCAGUGCUGCUGUUCCUAGCUCUGCUUCUUCAGAGGACAUUCCUGCAGGCCUCUUAUUAUGCUGCUAUAGAGACUGGCAUUAAAAUCAGGGGAGCCAUACAGUGUAAGAUCUACAAUAAGAUCAUGUGUCUGAGUACGUCUAACAUGUCCAUGGGAGACAUGACCAUCUCUCAGAUCUGCAAUCUGGUGGCCCGAGACACGGAGCAGCUCAUGUGGUUCUUCUUUCUGUGUCCAAACCUGUGUGCCAUGCCAGUGCAGAUCACUACUGGUGUCAUCCUUCUGUACUAUUUACUGGGGAUCAGUGCUCUGAUUGGAGCUGCCGUGAUCGCUGUUCUCGCCCCAAUGCAGUACUUUGUGGCUACACAGCUUUCGCGAACACAGAAAAGUACACUGGAGUACUCUAGUGAGAGACUGAAAAAGACUAAUGAGAUGUUGAGAGGCAUUAAGCUGCUGAAACUCUAUGCCUGGGAGCACAUCUUCAGGUCCAGUGUGGAGGAAACGAGGAAAAAGGAGCUGACCAGCCUCCGAGCCUUCGCCCUCUACACAUCCCUCUCUAUUUUCAUUAACGCUGCCAUUCCAAUCACAGCAGUUCUUACAACGUUUGUAGUACAUGCCUAUGUACACAGCUCUACAGACACUGCUCUCUCUCCUGCCGUGGCAUUUGCUUCUCUUUCACUCUUCCACAUCUUGGUCACGCCCCUUUUCCUGCUUUCUAGUGUACUACACUCAACUGUCAAGGCGCUUGUAAGUGUGCAGAAACUUAGCGAAUUCUUUGCUAGUGAAGAGAUUGAACUCCAUCAAGAACCCAAAACCCCCACGCCAACUAAUACAAGCAACCACAGUAACAUAAAGUCAGUUUACAUGUUGCAGCUUCAAGCCUCAAAGCUGGUUAAGCGCAAGAACAAAGCCAAACAGGACAAGAACAGUAACAUACCACAACAGGAUCCGAACCCGAACAUGUCUGUUGGAAAUGAGGAGAACAUCUGUCUCAAGAUUGUGAAUGGCUACUUCACCUGGAUGCAGGGAUGUCCCACUCUGACCAACAUUGACAUAAAGGUUCCUUUUGGUGCAUUGACUAUGAUAGUAGGGCAGGUAGGAUGCGGAAAGUCCUCCCUACUCUUAGCUGCUCUGGGAGAAAUGCAGAAGAUCUCAGGAAGUGUCACAUGGAACAAAUUGCCAGAUCAGGAAGAGGAAGAGAAUAACAGACUGCUUGAUAAUCACGUUGCCGGCCCAAAAGCACCCGAAAAGAGAGGUUCGGUGGCCUACGCUUCUCAGAGGCCAUGGCUCCUCAAUGCCACAGUGGAGGAGAACAUCUUGUUCGACAUGGCCCCUAACAAGAAAAGGUAUGCAGAAGUGAUCGAGGCAUGCCAGCUGCAGCCUGAUCUCGACGCACUUCCCCAGGGAGACCAAACCGUGGUUGGAGAAAGGGUUUCUCUGUCUCUUUCUCAGGGAAUUAUUCUGUCUGGCGGCCAGCGGCAGCGCAUCAGUGUAGCCAGAGCUCUUUAUCAGCAAUCUAAAGUGGUGUUCCUGGAUGACCCAUUCUCAGCUCUGGACAUCCACCUGAGUGACCACCUGAUGCUGGAGGGAAUACUGAAGUUCCUCAGACAGGAGAAAAGGACGGUGGUGCUGGUCACACACAAACUGCAGUACUUACCACAUGCAGACUGGAUCAUUGCCAUGAAGGAUGGGACAGUCCAGACACAAGGCACCUUAAAGGACAUCCAGUGUGCCGAGCCUGAACUGUUUGAACACUGGAAAACCCUGAUGAACAGACAAAACAAGGAGAAUGCUGUGGAGCUGAAGAGGAAGAGUUUCCGGAGGAUGUACUCCAGAGACACACUUGCCACAGAGGAUGAGGAUGAAGCUGUACUGUGCUCUAUAUCUGUUGUUCUUCCCAUCAUUGCCUCCCCUGUGUGGACUAUUGGGAUAUCUCCAGCCUCUUCUCUUGUUGUCAGACAGGUUAAAGAUGGUUCCCUGUGUACGGAUGAGGAUAGCCUGACAACCGAGCUGCGUCAGAGGAACACGAUGCUGUGGGGCUCGCUGGGGACAUACCUGCGAACAGCUGGCCUCCUGCUGCUUUCACUGCUCAUUCUGUCACAGCUCACCAAACACUCACUCAUGCUGGCCAUAGACUACUGGCUCGCCUACUGGACGUCUCAGGCCAUCACAGCUCGUCUGGAUAGCGCAGAGAGGAACUGCACAUCUGCACAAAACUGUGUGUUGAGUCAUUCUCUGUACCUGCAGGUGUUUUGUGGCUUGUGUUUUCUGGGUAUCGUGUUAUGUUUAAUCACAUCUGUGGCCGUAGAGUGGAUGGGACUCCGGGUUGCACAGGAGCUCCACUGCAGCCUUCUCCGUAUCAUCAUCCUCGCUCCGAUGAGGUUGUUUGAGACGACUCCUCUUGGGAAUAUUCUGAACCGAUUCUCUGGUGACAUCAAUGUCAUUGAUCAGCACAUCCCAGUUACCAUGGAGUGUCUGAGCCGCUCCACUCUGCUGUGUGUGUCAGCGGUCGGCAUCAUAUCCUACAUCACACCAGUCUUCCUCAUCGCUCUGCUCCCACUAGCCAUCAUCUGCUACUUUAUUCAGAAGUACUUCCGGGUGGCAUCCAGGGAUCUGCAGCAGUUAGAGGACAGCACCCAGAUCCCCCUGCUGUCCCAUUACUCAGUGACCAUAGAAGGUCUCACCACCAUCAGAGCCUUUAGACACGAGCAAAAAUUUAAGAAGAAAUUUUUGGAGUACUCAGAUGCCAAUAACAUCGCCUCGCUUUUUCUCACAGCAGCCAAUCGCUGGCUCGAAGUUCGCAUGGAGUACAUCGGAGCAUUUGUGGUGCUGAUAGCAGCCGUGGCGUCCAUCAGCAGUGCCCUGUACAGUGAGCUCUCAGCAGGACUAGUGGGUCUGGGUCUCACGUAUGCUCUUAUGGUGUCAAACUACCUGAACUGGAUGGUGCGUAACCUGGCUGAUAUGGAGGUACAGCUUGGCUGUGUGAAGAGGAUCAGCAGUCUGCUCAACACGGAGCCGGAGAACUACACUGGGGAAAUGACUCCAGCCCAGGUUCCAGCAGGCUGGCCCAAAUAUGGCGAGAUCCAAAUCAAGAAUUUGAGCGUGAGAUAUGACAGCAGCCUAAAACCCGUCCUCAAGCGUGUCAAUGUUCACAUCAAACCUGGACAAAAGGUGGGGAUAUGUGGACGAACAGGAAGUGGAAAGUCUUCCUUUUCCUUGGCUCUUUUCCGAAUGGUAGACACAUGCGAGGGUCGAAUUAUUAUUGAUGGCAUUGAUAUUGCUAAACUGCCCCUUCAAACCCUGCGCUCCAAAUUUUCCAUCAUUCUUCAGGACCCCAUUUUAUUCAGUGGAACAAUUCGAUUUAAUCUGGAUCCAGAGAGAAAGGCCACUGACCGGAUGCUGUGGGAAGCUCUGGAUAUCGCUCAGCUCACCCCUGUGGUGGAAGCUUUACCUGGAGGACUAGAUGCCAUGGUGACAGAGGGAGGAGAAAACUUCAGCCAGGGGCAGCGGCAGCUCUUCUGUCUGGCCCGAGCGUUUGUGAGGAAGAGCAGCAUCCUCAUCAUGGAUGAAGCCACGGCGUCUAUCGAUAUGGCCACCGAGAGCAUUCUACAAAAAGUCGUCAUGACCGCGUUUGCAGAUCGGACGGUUGUGAACAUUGCUCAUCGUGUGCACACCAUCCUGGGCUCAGACGUGGUCAUCGUGAUGAAGCGUGGAGCCAUCCUGGAAUACGACAGACCCGACGUCCUGCUAGAGCAGAAAGACAGCAUCUUCUAUUCUUUCGUCAGAGCAGACAAGUGAGAAAGGAGACCAAGAGUCAUGGGGUAGUGGAGGAUGAAGAUGAUUUUUUUUUUUACUAUGAGCUGUAUAUAAUUUGUAUGAGAGAUAAUAUGAACUUUCCAAUAAUAAUAAUAAUAAUAAUGAAGUCUCCUAAUCAUUAUUCCUCUGACGGUCGGUACAAAUAAUUAUGAGAAAUAAACACAGACAGACAUAGGAAUUAGUGACAUUUUAAAUAUUUUAUUAGGGUAUAAUUUGCAGAGCUUAAAAUAUUAAAUCGCUUUUAACUUAAGUAUUAUUAAAAUACAUAAAAAUGAAAGCCAGAACUGUGUCCUGAAAAAAAAAGAAAGCCAAAACUAAACCAAAUGGGGGAGGAAAAAAAAAAGGAUAAAUAAAUUAAAAUGAAGAACAUCCAACCCUCUAAUGAGAGAAGCUCAACCUAAGAGAACUCUCUGAACAGUGAUGAAGGGAGGACUUUAAAAUAUCUUUCUCUCUCUGUCAUGUUUACAUACACCUUUUUUUUUUCCCUUUCAUUCUCUCAGUCACUCACUCACUCUGGAUCAUUUUCUCCAACAGUUAAAUACAUAAAGACUAGUUUUACAUUCUUUUGCCACUUUUCCAUUUUUUGAAAGUGUCCUUGCAAAGCGAGCCUGGGGCGAUACCUCGAUUCGGAGACGAUUCUGAUCUAAUUGUUCCCUUACUUGUUUUUCUUUUCUUUUCUUUUCUUAAUUAAACAUAGAGGGGAAUUGUGUACCUUUUAUAUAGGCUAUGGAACAAAGGUAGCAGACAAAAUGUCUUUGUCAUUGUGCUGCAUAAUGGAAAAGCACCAUGAAGCGAGGCCUUCGGAUUGGUGCUGCUUCCUAGAUGGAUCCAAUAUGGCCGCCUGCGGUAUGCUCCACUGCCGGAGGAGCACUGGUGGGGGCAUAGGGUAUGACUAGAAUAUCUAGAAUAUUGGGAGGGGGGCAGCCAUUGUGUAAGACACUGGAUUAAAGAGCAUCUUGGGUGGAAAGUAGUCAGACUUAAAGAAUUAUGAGUAAACAGUCUGGUCCUGAAGGUCUAAAAUUCACACUCGUUGUUAUGCCUCCAAGAAAAAGAAA